AUGCACAUGACUGACAUGGACCCGAUUGAAACCUCAAGCUACGGCAGUCCCAAUCGCAUGCAUGUUCUUGCUAAUGGGGAUAUCGUAGAUUGUGGACGUCUCCCGCAAACAGCGCGCAAUAAUCUCUACAAGACUGAGCUUUGUAAACACUUUGUGGAUAGCGGCAGUUGUCGCUAUGGGUCCAAGUGCCAAUUCGCUCACGGCGAGGACGAGCUGCGUGGCGUGCUCCGACACCCAAAAUACAAGACUACGCGUUGCAAGGCUUUUUUGUCUACGGGUAGAUGCAUAUACGGAUCGCGCUGUCGUUUCAUUCACACGCGUCAUCCGGGUGACGAGGACCAGCGGUUUGCUAACUACCGCAACAGUGACAUGUCCAGUACCGCUAGCGAGUCGGACGACUUGGAGACACAAUCCAAGGACUUAUUGGUGAAUCCGUACGGCAACGCUUUGGAACCUAUUGACUUGUCAUUGCCUUUUGGUGGAUUCAAUCAGCACAUGUCAUUGGCUCCUUUAACUGGGGUGUCGCCCCCUAAGCCAGAAUUCGACUCGUAUCUGAGUCGCGGCCCGUUCUUCGACUAUUCGUUCGAAAGUAGCGACUUAGGCAGUUUUGAUUUAUCAAGGAGCAGCAUAAGUAGCUGCAGUGGCGAGACGUUAAAUGCGUUGUCACCUCGCUCUUCAAGUAGCACGGAGUCUGUGGCAUCCAGAUUCUCGCGUUUGACAAUCUUUCAACGUAUUUGCCGUGAAGAUGAUUAA